AUGUGGAUAUUAAGUUUUUUUUUUUUCCUGUCAUCUGGCAGAAAGAAACUUGAUUAGCCAUGGCUGUGGGUGAUGACUUUUUAAUUACGAAAGGAGGAUGAAAAUUUUUUUUUCUGGGGGUGAAGCUAUUAAAAUCUUCCACAUUUUAAGAGAACGUCCCUGAUUUCUGGAAUCUUUUCUGCUUAGAAAGAAAAAAAAAAGAAAAAACAACACAUUUAUGCGGUUUUUAUGUGUAUCAAAGAUGAAGCUGAUGAAUUUUACAUUUUUCUCUGAUUUUUUGAACAACCUAUUUUUGGACUGAAGAAUCACACAAACCUCGAAUGGAAUAAUCUUUUAGAUAAAUCGAAGAAGAACUAUCCCACCGAGACAAUUGCUUCAAAUCCCAGUCCCACUUCUACCACAGUUGUCCAUCCAAUAUUUCUAAUCGUUCCCACCAAUGAUGUUCAAAGCGUCAUCAAUAAUAUCCAACAAUCGUUAAGUUCGUCUAACUCUGCGGAUAUUGCAAUUCAAACAAUCGCACCAUCAACAUCACAAAACCCGAUAAUGACAGCUUCUUCACAACAAACAACAUCCACAUAUUAUCCAAAUCAUCAUAUGGGAGGAUAUUAUGAUCAAGUUGGAUAUGAGCAUCAAGGAUAUCAUCAAACACAAGUUCCGCAAACUCGAAGUUUUGGAACAACUACCCUUGAAGAGUAGGAUUAGCUGGUUAAUCCAAACAAGUCUAUUUCUAUAUUUUUUUCAGUGUUCCAACACGUCAUAUGGGCACAUCCAUGGAUCAAGAAGAUUAUUUCAAUAUGAUGAUUCGAGACACCGAAACGCAAACCACGUCACAACAUCCUUGGGAAUGGCAAAUGUGAAAUGAACCAGUUUUCGUCUUUUAUUCAUUUCUCGAUGUUCCAUUCUUCAUUGUUAUAGAGGUAAUGAACUAAUUUUUGAAUCAGAUCAGAUAAUUGAACAAUCACGUGGAGAAGAAGCUUUGUUUGUUCACCACUUGUUAUUUGACCCGUGUUUCGAUUGAAAUAUGUGUAUAACCCCAAAGUUUUUUUUUCUGAAUUGUUUGUGAGAUUUUUUUUCGAAAUUUUUGAUCAAAGAGCAGUUUUGGAUUUGAAAAAUUUUACGAGCUACUAGAAUUUUUCCAGAAGAACUCAAAUUCCCAUUGAACCAAAGUUUGAUAGAAACUCAAAAUUUUCAAGUUUUGUUAUGCCCCUCCAAUCGGCUUAUAAGCUUGAGGUUCAUACUAGAAUCUUUUUAUUCAUUUAUUUAUUCAUAACUUAUUCAUUGAUAUCGGUCUCAGGUUUCCCUUUCCUUUCUCUUUUCUCAUAUUCCAAAUCAUUCACAUGUGUUUUUCUUUUGCUCAAAGAUCCACAUACAUUUAUCCGAAAUGUUCGAUAAUCUUGCUCAUUUUGUAUCUUCAAGUAAUAAUGAAUGAAAAUAAAUAAUAAUCCAAAUACCACAUAUUUUUUCCCGCAUUUUUCUAUUUUUCUCAGAAAAAAUAAAAAACUCCGAGAUAAUUUUCAGAACUUCUUCAAAGAUUAAACAUCUUCUUUUUCUUAAACACAAAAAAUAGGGGGAAAAAUACGUAGUAAGAAAUAGCCAUAAAGGAAACCGGGGGUACAAUUGUCCUUGAGCAAUUUAUGUCUCUUUUUUUUGGGGCGGCUCUUGUUGUUUUUCGUUUUCUUUCAAUUUCACCGGUGCUGAAAAUGAUAAACAAGGACGUUUUUGCUAAUUGGCAUGGAAAACUUGAAUUUGAAAAGAUUUUUUUUGAAAAUUGCCACAAUAUAGGUCAUGGUAAAAUAAAAGGGAUUAAUUAUGUCUGGAAUUUUUAAUCUCCAAAAAUUCAUUUUUUCCGAAGACCUGUGAACAUUUUUUUAAAUUUUUACGUUUUGAGGUGACCUUCAACGUGGCAAUUAAGAAAUUAUGAUAAUUUUUGAAUUCCUAGAUGUUAUUUCCAUAUUGUCGAUGUGGGAUUUGAUGUGAAAACAUCACUUUGACCUGAUUUGAGGAGCAAACAAAUUUUAUUUACUAAUUUAUUUUUUGCUCAUAAAAUUUCAAAUUCUAAUCCAAUCAUGUAAAAAUAGAUAUUUAUUUGAGCUAUGAAUUGGAAGCUUGAAAUGACUUCAACAGGUCUAAUUUUUUGGAAUAUCUAAUAAAUUGAACUAGAAAUAAACUAUGACGCGCCGAUUUUUCGGAAAAUAAUUAGUUAUUCGAACUUUCAGAUAAUUACAAAUUGGGAAAAUUCUCGGAAUUCUGAUUUUUCAGAAAAACAUGUGAUUUUGUUUCGAGAUGUUGUAAAUCGGCUCGAGAUAGGCUAGGCUUUGUUUCUAAAAUUUCAUCAGUCAAUUUUUGAGUCUCAAAAGUAUAUAUAAAAGAUUAUUACGAAAACGUACUACUCAUAUCAAACCUUCAAUUAAUUUUAGUUUUCAUGUUAGUUGUUUUUCCAUUUUACUUGAUUACUGUAGCAGAUGCAUUUUGUUCAACCCACUGAAAUAUGUAUAAAUGAAGGAAGGCAAGUCUGAAAGAAAAACAAGGAAAAUUUAUGUGUUCUUGUUGUUUUUUGCAGUCAGUCCAAGCAAGUACUUACCUAAAUCACUUAUUUAUAUUUUGCUUGUCUUUUUCCAAUUUUUUUCGACCGCGACUCUCUUGUCGUUUUUGGACACAACAAAAGCUUUUCUUUUUCUGUUGCUUCUGCUGAAUAAUUCAGAAUAUACAUAUAGAUAUUUUCCGCUACCAAAAGUUUUUUCUAUUUUAUUUUAUUUUUGAUAUUAUUUUUACCAAAUCAUCCGGAAUAUGAUUUUUCUUAUUCUUUUUCCUCCAUUAGUUUUUUUUUCCAUUCUUUUAUUAUUUUUUGCAGGAUUCGCGUUUAUUAUUUCCAAGAUUUUUUUCACAAUUUUUACAAUAGACAUGGCUCAAAUUAACACUCAAUUUUCUUUUUCGAACUUUGAGCUUUCAUUUUUGGUUCAGCUUGAAAAAAUAGAAAUUAAAAUAAAUGGGAGUAGCUAGGCUCAGCUUAGAAAAUUGCAAAAAAAAACAAUAAACUGACUUCGGUGACUCUGGCUUUGACAAGUUUGAACGAAUUUUAUAUUAGGCUAAAGUUUUUUUUACGUUUUUUUAUUUUUCGAGAUUCGGAUUACUUUUUUUCAAAGCAUGAAAUUAUAAAGGGUUUUGAAAUUGGAUUUUUAUUUUUAGUUCUAUUUGAAUUUAGAAGCCUAUUUCUGAUCUACCAUUUUCCUUGUUUGUGAAUUUGACAUCUUUCUGAAGGCAUCCAGAAUUUGGAUUCGGUUUAUCAAAUUUUCCCGCUUUGACAGAGUCAAUUCAAGAACGUUCUGAUAACAGAAGAAAACUUUUCUUAACCUAUAAUUAUAAUCGAUUUCGAAAUUGGAUUUUUAUUUUCAGAAAUUUGCUUCAAAAUCUUGUAUUUUUUAGUCAAACUUUGCCUACAAAUAAGUUUAAUAAAGUCCAGUUUUUUUUUGACACGUGACUUUUUCAGAAAAACAAUUUUUGUCAGAAAAGUGUAGAUAUUUUGUUUUGUUAAUAUGAGCUAAUUUACUAUAUUUGAUCAUUGAGCAUCAAGAAAUCAGAAGAAAAAGGGGCGGAAAUUGCAGUUCACGAGUUUGUUUUUUGAAUUUUCUUGGUUACUUUUUUUCGGGUCAACAAAACAAGAUCUUUGAAUUUCCGUAUUUUUCUCACAAACAAAAAAUAACUAAUUUCUAUAUUUCUGCAUUUUUUUUUGGAAAAUUAUGAUCUCUUGAUCUUCGAAUUAGAGGAUUUCUCCUUUUUGAAAUUUUGCCACGUCAUAACUCAUAGUUGUAGUUGAAUAGAGCUAAGCUCUAGUUUAGCCUUUCUCCCGAAUAAUUGUUUGAUCUUUCAAAAACUGACAUUUUUCACUGAAAAAUGUCGAUAAACUGAAGUUUGUUCUGAUUUUUAUUCACAGGGGAAAUUUCUCAACUUGCACUUUUAUUUUAUUUUGAAAUUUCAAUCCCGAGCUCGAAUUCAGUUUUUUUUCCAUUCUGCAAAAUAAUUAUGGCGUGGCGAAGUUUGAACAAUUCUGGAAAUAAGUCGCGUAAAUGUUCUAAUAAGAUUUCCGAAAAUGAUUUAUUUUUUGUAGUUUCAAGAAAAUACCAAUUUUGCUUGAAAAUUGCACGUUUACCACAUUGGCUUUUGCCAGAAUUUCUAUAUUCACAAAAUUUCCAAAAAAAACUUUGCCACGUCAUGAGUUGAACCAAAGUCUUCAUAAGUCUCUCAAAAUGCGUUCUCAAAAAAUAAUCCAAUUUUUUCGAAAAAUCUUUUCAUCAAUAUUUUUUCUGGAAAUCAAAGUAUUGUCAAUUCUCAAUUCUCAUCGCUUCUGCUGAUUAUUCCACGUCAUAACUCAUAUUCCAGAGAAAAAUUAGAAUAAAAGUCUCAAAAUUCUUUGGAAAAAUAACCGAACAACAAAAUUUAAUCGCUUCUCAAGAAAAUAUGUGUUUUCUUUCCUCUGUCAUUCCAAAAAUUGUUCGAUUCCUCAAAAAAAUGACUUUUUCCCACGUGGAUUCCAACUUUUUUGCACGCCCGUACGCACGUCACGUCAUUAAUGGCGGCGGAAAAUUAAAGUGGGCGUGGUCAACUUGUUCGCAGCCUCAAACGGGGCUAAUUUCACCCCCACAUAGAUACAUAUACAUGUAUAUUUGAUACUUUUGUCUCCAAUUUUUGUUUAUGUAUAUGUAUGUUUUUUUCUGUUAGUAAUAACUAUUUGCACUUUCAAUUAUUAUAUUUUUAGAGCCAAAAAGUUUUUCAAGAGUUCCCUGAAAAAAAACAAAAAAAAAGAACAAACAUAAGAUACACGUGAUCUCAUGGGAAAACCUUUUCUGGAUUUUUUGUCUUUUCGAAUUUUUCGCCAGUGCAAAAGUUCAAAAAUCGUUUUGUAAAGCGAGAAAAAGAGACAGGUGUCCAUUUCUUCAAACUUUUGAGCAUUAAAAGUUUUUUUUUCUCAUGCAUUUUUCUCAACACCUUUUUAUGUUGUUGAAAUUUUCGAAACAUACUUCAUCCUAAAUAUAAAUGCCCCGUGUCUUAAAAAUUUCUGGAAAUUAGAAGUAAAAAAUGACGUUGAGGUCACGCUUGAGAAAAUGUGAACUUUCUUGUUUUUCUAAUUUUUAAUUAAGUUUUUUGUCUCUUUAAUUUUUUAUUUAUUUGAACCCGGAACAUUUUUGAAGUUUUUACAUCUCAAAACAUUUUCUGUUGCAAAUCUGUUUUUCUGAAACUCAAAAAAAAUAAACACCCCUGCAUUUGAGAUUUUUUAAUUGAAAAUAUUUUCGAAAAAAAAUUGUCCUUUGAGGCUCCAAAAAUCUGCUCAAAUUUUUUUCUGAAAAUACAUAAAAAUAAAAAAUUUUCGAUUCACUAAAAGUUCUUGAUGAUCUAAAUUUUUAAAUUUUCUAAAAAUUUGAAAUAAUUUUGGAAACUUUUGUCCGGUGACAAUUGAACUCUGUUACUGUUUUAUUUUGGACUCAAGUUUUAUUUUGAGCCAAAUCUCAACUAAAAAUAGUUACCAUAACUCUCAGCUUCAGGUUAAAGAACAUUCUUCUUCAAAAAUAAUUAUUCCUAGUAGAUAUAUGAAUAUUAAUUGAGUCAUUUCAGAAACUCCUCCCUUUUAUUCUAGCUCAUUCAUUCAUUCACACAAAAUUUUCUAGUUUUUCAAAUUUUCAUCAAAUCUAAUUUCCCGUAAAUUGGAAUUCGGAAACUUGCUUGGUUCAAUUGUCUAGUCGUUUUUUUUUGACGAAAUUCUUCUUAUUUCUUUUGAUUUAGUACAAAAAAGCACUCAUGUGCCAAACAACAAAAACAAACUUAUAUGCAUUUUUCUAGCCACGCCCCUUUUUUUCCGAGAGCCAUCGCAAUUUUUUUCUAGAUUAUUAUUUUUUGUCAGACCUGCGCCAAAACCUAACCACUAUGGAGAAUCGUACGAUUUCGCUGUAUGAGAAAUGUUUUGAUCCGGAAAAACUGUUGCUCAUGUCAUAUAUUGAGAAACCGAUUAAUCAAGUGAGUUUUUUCCUGGUUUCUUUAGUCUGCCUUUUUUACACGUUUUAGUUUGACUGAUGUGUAUUUUGGGAAAAAGUGGAUUAAAAGUUGUCAAGUUUUUUGCUUCGCCUGCCCGAGGAUUAAUUAAGUGUAGAACUAACAUGGCAAAAACCAGUAGAUUCUCAAGCUCAAAAAAAGUAAAGUGUUGUCUUGUCUUAAUAAAAAUAACUUCCGAUCAAAGUUUGUUAGGCUAAUUCGAUAUGACGCAACACAUACAUACUUCCAAUUAAUUUUAGUACCCAGAUACAUUUUAGUUUUAUUUCCUCGUGUUUUGGACACCCAUCUGAGCCAAAAAGUUGUGCAAAUUUGCAGAAAAAAGGAUUAAACGAUUUGAAAAUGCAUGAGACCUUAAAAAAAGGUUUGGGUGACCUCGGGAUUUGAAAUAAAGAUAUUCUAGAGAAAAAAGUUAUAAAGGCCUGACAGGAAAAUAAAAAAUAUGGGAUCUUAAAAAUAUACAACCUUCCCAAAAUAAAUUUUCAGUAUGUCUUCCCGAUUCAAUUCAUGAUCACAGUUGUUGGAAAUCUUUUAACUAUGACGGUUUUAUUAAGCGGACAUAUAAAAAACAGGUGAGUUCUGAAAAAUUGUAUAAUACAAUUUGUUUUACGAAAUUCCAAAUUGUAAACAAUUUGUAAGCAAUUCCCAGAUGGUGAAUAUGUUUUUUUUUCAACAACAACAAAAAAAUAACACGGAAAGACGAACAAUAAUUUUUUCUUAUGUCAAGAGGCAUUUUGCACCUUCUCAAAAAAUGUUGGAGUGUUCUUUCAACUCAAUAAAUUACAGAAAAAAAUUAUGCUAAUUUUUCAGAGCCAACCAUCUUCUGACCUCGCUUGCCCUUUGCGAUAUGUUCGUAUUUUUCAUGAUGAUUCCUCAUUAUUUGGCCUCAUUAGACUGGUUUUCCGAAUCCGUUCAAUUUCGAAUAUUUCACUACCAUUCAAAAGUUCAUUUUGGCGCUUUGAGUAAUUGGUUCUCAGCUGCCGCUAUUUGGUUUGUGUUGGCUGUGUCGCUUGAAAGAUUGCUAAUUAUCAAGUUCCCGUUUCGAUCUCUCGAUGCCUAUAAUGUAUGUUUUUUUGAAAAGAUAAACAAUUUUCACAGUUCUCUAACCAAUGUGUCUUUUUUCAGGCCAAACAAGUUGGAUUUGUAUCGGUUGGAAUUAUGCUGGCAACCUUGCUCCUUACAAGUUAUCACCAUAUUUCUCACACUUGUUUAUCUCAUGUGGUUUGUCAAGGAACUCAAGUUAUCGGAACUUGUUUUUCAAAUCUAAUGGAUAGUUUCACAGCAAGGACACCUAAUCCAACACCGGAAAUGACAAAAUAUUAUAUCAGGACUUCGGUAUUUGCCAAUGCAAUUUUCGCAGUUCUCCUUCCAAUUUUUGCGGUAGCAGUGUUGAAUAUCAGUCUUAUUCGAUUAGUGAAACAACGACGCUCCGAAGAACUUUUAGUUCGAAAUGCUCCAUCGGGACCAUCAACAAUGGCAGAGCAAGAAAAGAAAAUGACAAAUACCGUAUUGGCAAUUGUCUCCUGCUUUACCCUAACUCAAGGUCCUUCUGCAAUUGUUUAUAUUUUCGACGGAUUCUUUCCACCAAUCUCCAAUAUUAUUGCAAAUCAACUUGUGCUAACUGGCAAAAUGCUAAACAUCGUGUUGUUCUGCCUGUCUUCUGAGACUUUCAGAAGACGACUUUGGUUUACUUGCCGAUUUUGGUGCUCGAUGAUUUUUUAUGCAGGACGACGCAACACCAAAAUGGCAAGGUAAAUGAAUAAAUCGUAAGUUGUUAGGUUAUGCUAAUUUUUUGGCUUGAUUUGACCUAACUGCUUGAAUGAUAGAUCACGAAUGGCUGAAGAUUUGCACGAUUUAAUAAUUUGUAGAUUUUUUGUUUAAAUUUUACAAUCUGAUCUUAUAUUUUACAAAUUUCUAGAGCCGAAUUCUUCAAUCGAUCAAGAUCAAACUAUACACAAAAAACAUCUCUGGUAUAUUCACCAUGCUCUCGAAAUUUUUCAACUUCAAGAAAAGUUAGCAAUUCAAGUAUAAAUGGAUCAAAACCCAAUCUUCCGCUGAUUUCAAUCCCGACUCCUGAUAGUUUUCCAACACCGCCAGCAAGCAGCAAUCGAUCGAUUAUUCGAAAUACUGUUGUGUGA